AUGCUCUCUCGAGGUCCAGGGCUUUUCUUGCAGGGAAAUUCAUCUGAUUUUGGGAAUAACUAUACCGGUAGGCGUCGCCGCUCCAGUUCUGUCAGCAUCUUCCUUGACGAUGAUGAAGAAGUGCGGGGCGGAAGAUUCAGCAAUAUUCUCGAUGAUCUCGUGAGUCAACAACAGAGUAUCCCCAGUGGAGGUGAAGAUGCAUUGCUGGUGCGAUUGGGUCUCAAAGUGGGCAGGGAAAGUGACGCUGAGAUUUCAAAUACCACAGCCGCUAAUAUUACCUUUUCUCUUGGUGCUGCGCCUGUUAAACCGAUUAUGAGUAAAUCGAAUGUGAAUAAGAGAAGGGGAGACACAGGUGUAAUGUCUAUGGGUAGAAAAGGAGGUCAUCGAGGAGGAAUUUCUUCCAUACGAAAGGGGAAUAAUGUAUAUGGGAAGAGUCCAUUACCAUCAGCUUCAUCUCAAGGGGUUGGUAUUGAUUCAGUUCGGGGUCGUCGUCUGAUUAUAAAUCCCACUGAAUCUCAACCUGUACCCAUUUCUUUAAAGAAUUCACAACGACAAAAACAACAACAAGAACAACAGAAACAACAGAAGCAGCAAGAAAAUCGUAGUCUCUCGCAAGGUACGACUGUUAAAACAGUAAGAUCAAUGAGAGGAGAAUCCAUGGGAUCACUGGGAUCUGUUUCUGAAAAGAGACGGUUCCCAUCAUCUGGAGCAAUAGGGGGUAGUCUUCAAAAGAAAGAAAGCUCAAAUAAACUGCUAAGAAAGAAAAGCUUUAUUGAGAGUAUAUCAAUUGAUGAUGAUGAUCCUUGGUGUCCAUUGUCUGGUAUGAAGAAAGGGAAAGAGGUGAAAUUAAGAGGAAAGACCGUACCCGUACUAAAGCCUCUCCCACCCAAGACAAUCAAAAAAUUCUAUACAGAAGAUGUAGCUACCUUUGAAAAUGGAGUUGCUAUUAGUCCUUCCCCAUUUCCCUCACAUUUAUCAGUAGAUAUUUUACAAUCUUCUCUUAAUCCUAUGCUAAUACUACAUGAUACACAAGGUGAAGAUUUCCCUUCACACUCUUUAACACGUCCAAUGGAGGAUUAUAGUUUUCCUGUAUCCAUGGGAACAAGUAAAGGACCCAAAAUUCGUUCCGUAAAUGCAUGGAUAGAACCUCCAUCUAAUGUACUAUUACCCGAUAAUACUGUAGUAAAAGAAGAUAAAAAAGAAAAAAUAACAGGACAACGUGAUAUAUGGUAUUUAGGAAGUCAUCAUGAAAGUACUGAUAAAGAAGGAACAGACUGGAUGCGACCUCUACAAGAAGCAGGAUUAACAAAGAAAAAAGAAUCAUCUAUGAUUACAGAGACUCCUGAUGAAUUACCAUAUCGUCGUCCUUGUGGUAUAGAUGAUGAUUAUCAAAGUAUGUUUCAAAAUUUACAACAGGUUCAUACUGGUACGCAUCCUACUAUUUAUUCUACUACUCGUAUGGAAGAUAUUAUAGAAUCUCAAGAAGUACAUAAACCUCCCAAUUCAUUUGCAGCCCGAUCUGCACUUCUCCGUGAACCUCAACUUUUGUUAGAUAGUGAAUUUCUUACAUCCAAAGGCUCUAGUGCACGUAUACCAGUACUAGGGAGUUCACGCCCACGAAAAGAUAGUCGUUGGAUUACAAUGUUUAGUGGAGGUGGAAUUCAUGAGUCUUCCACUCAGACAAUGCUACAGCAUGUACAGUUUGUUGAACUUUCGCAUGCAGCAAAAUUAUUAUAUACGGCUAUAUUAUAUCUUCGCACAUUAGGUGGAUUUCCAACAUUAUUACGUAUUACCCCACUUACUGUAAAUAGUACAGUAACAGGAAAAGAACAUUGUAUAGAAUUAACGUUUUCAUCUUCUACAGAAGAAGAAGGAAAAGGAGAAAGAGAAAGAGGAGGAAAAAGAAAAAGUACACAAGCUGAUCAUUCAAUUUCUUUAGCGGCUUCUAUUUUUGCUUCAGAAAGUUGGACUAACAACUUUAGUUCCUAUGGAGAAAAUAAAGAAGAACGUGUUGUUGUUUUACGAUCUGUUUUAGCAGAAAAAUCUGUAGUGGAACGUUUUGGACGAAGAGAGAUUGUCCACGUCCUUCCACCCUUACAACAAUCCCUAAAGCCAAUGGAUGAAAAUAAAGGAGUUGGUCUUGAUAAUACAGCCGUAUUGGCUUCUAAGAGUAAUGCGGUAAGUCGACUCCUUCGUGAAUUUGAUACUUCUUCCACUUCUUCUGAAGGGAUAACAGCUCAACAACGGUUUAAUAUUUUAAAUUCUGGAGCUGGAAAACAUAACUAUGGGGAUAUCGCAGUAGUCUUCUUAAUGAGUGCAGAGGCUUCAGAGAUGAGUGGUCCAUUACCAGAACCGAUGGAUCUCGAAGGAUUACGGUAUAAAGUGUUUGCACUUCGACAGCAUGAGUUUCGCGCCGCAAAUAAUACAAAGAAGAAUAACGUUAGUAUAUUAACGCAAGAUAAAAAGAAAGAACGACGGAGUUCAUUUGAAUUGGAAUUACUAAAGAUGACAAGUGAUCCUUUAGCAGACUCCGCAGCCGUAGAUGGAAUAACAAGAAGAAAAAGAAGAACCACAUUCAAUACAACAACAGAUAUUGAAUCUCUACAACGACGAUUCCCACCGUAUAGAGCCGUUACGGUUGCGGAGUCUACACUUGCCGCUAUUCAUGAUAAUACCCCACAUGGAAUACCAAGAGAUGAAUCUCAACAACAAAAACAAAAACGAAAACAACAAAAACAACGAGAGGAGUUAGAAGAAAUGAAUGAAGAAUGUGUGGUGCCUAAUUUUCAAUUAUUACGUCUACCACACUUGCAUGAAGAUUUAUUUGGUGCUGUGCAAUUUGCGUUAGAUGUUCAGGUUCGGUUGGCAAAAGAGAAAGCCGCUCAUGCACGUUUUUUUUAG